UGCAGAGACUACAGAUCUUGUGUGAAUGUGUUUUACGUUGGAGUAGAUGUUUCCUCUCUAAACUCUUCUCCCUGAAACUCAAUAUUAAAAGUGCACAGGAAACAGGAGUCGAGGAGAAGAAUAAACACUGGUCAAAGAAAAAGUUGUGUCAUUUCCUUCAGUCAGGAGUGUACGUCUAUCAAUCCACACUUAUUCCCCCCUCAAACAAAGGACCAAGGAGAAGAAAAUGAGGAAGAAAACUACGAACAUCUGAACAGGAUGAUGCUUUAAGAGGACAACCGAUUCCAUCAACACAUAGAAAUGGAGGUGUAAAUUUUAGCAGAAGAUAUAAGAUAAUAGCACAAUGAAAAGGACUCUAAUAUUACGUCUAGUAAUCUUGCUGGCAGUGUGGUUAAUAUGUGCUUCUGAACAAUCUCAGAGAAAAGCACCUCAAAGGGAUAAUGGAGCUAGCAGCCCAACGCACAGUGGAAGAACUCCACCCUCCCAUAUAAAACAUGGCCAUUUACUUAGAAAUCAAAAUAAAUCUGUAAAUAGGGGUCUGAUAAAAAGAAACUUGUUACAAUCUAUGCAAAGAGAUGAAGGCCAAACUCAGGCUAAAAGGACCAACACACAAAGGACUGGUGUGAGGCAACCACAAGCUAGGAUGUUGAAGGAUGACAGCACAUCUGCUCGCUCUAGAACAGCACGUUUUCCAUCUGCUGCAAGUUCCCCUAAUAUUCUUGCAAGCUUUGCUGGGAAAAACAGAGUAUGGAUUAUCUCUGCACCUCAUGCAUCUGAUGGCUAUUAUCGACUCAUGAUGAGCCUUAUGAAAAAUGAUGUGUACUGUGAACUUGCUGAAAGACACAUUCAACAGAUUGUUAUAUUCCAUGAGGCAGGAGAAGAAGGGGGGAAAAUAAGACGAAUUACAAAUGAAGGAAAUAUCAUAGAGCAGCCUGUGGAUCCAGCAAUAGUACCAAAAAUGAUGGCUUCUUUAAAACUAGAAAAAGGAAAAUUUGGUAUGGUUCUCCUUAAAAAGACUUUGCAAGUAGAGGAACGGUAUCCUUAUCCUGUUCGUUUAGAAGCAAUGUAUGAAGUUGUUGAUCAAAAUCCAAUUAGGAAAAUAGAAAAACUCAGGCAAAAAGGUUUUGUACAAAAAUGUAAAGCAGCUGGAGUGGAAGGGCAAGUAUCUGAAGGAGAGAGUGGUGGUAGCAGCAGUAGUAGCGGAACAAAUGGGGGUAGUAAUACAAGAGUUACAAAGCCUAAACCAACCAGUGAAACUGUUCAAGUCUCAGUUAAGAAGGAGGAACCAAGAAGAAAUGUUGUCCCUACAAGGUUAACCAGGGUUAAAAGUACAAGAAAACCUUUCACUGCACCUUCAACCACAAUUAAAAUAACAACUCUUGCUCCUUCCACAAAGGCCACUACACGCAUAUUAACUACAGCUUCAAGGCCACCAACAACAGUGCCAACAACAGUUCUUCCCACAACUCCAAAACCAUUGACUACUAAGUCUUUUACCACUUCAGAGCCUUACAGAUCGCCAGUACAAGCUGAAGUAACAACACGAGGUCCAGAAACAGAGGAGCACUAUUUUCCUGUGAGAACUGAUAAACAUAGACACAGACAGCAUGUGCAGACAGGAAAGCACUUUGCUACUACAAGCAAAGCAAACAAACCAAUGGUCCAUGAGUCCCAAACAGAUGUUCCCAUUGUUUCCACAACUACUACUGAGCAUUAUACAAAAGAAAACACAGGGCGGUUUGGGGAUAACCGUACCGAUCGAAAAGACCACAGUUCUCAUGAUGUUGUACCAACUCAAAGGAAACCCCAAAAGACUAAAACAUCUAAAAAGAAAGGGGUUGAGAAAACAUUUACUAAUGAAUAUGAUGAUAAAUUUGACAUUGGAAAACCUACAACAUCACAGGUCGAAGAGACCAUAGAAGAAGCCAGCAUUCCACCCAAAAAAGGAAAAGAGCAGAAAAAGGAGGAAAAACCUGAGAAGACUGAUAAGAAGAAGAAGAAGAAAGCAGACAAGUCAGAGAAACCUCCAAAGAAAGAAAAAACUGAUAAAAAAAACAAAUCCGAUAAAAAAGUUAAGCCAGAAGAAGAACGUAAGAAAAAGAACAAGAAGAUAGGGAAAGGUGACGAAGAGAUUUACAUAAAACCAGUGAAAAAGACAUUUAUAGAGGCCCCAAAAAGAUCAUUGUCAACAUUCUUGGAAAACUUUGAAGGCAAAAGAAGGCUAUUGCUCAUCACAACUCCAAAGGAGGACAACAACAUGUACUCCCAGCAACGCGAUGAGUAUCUGGAGACUGUCUGUGAGAUGGCCAUAAGAAAGAUCUCAAUUAUCACAAUUUCUGGAACACUGACCAACAGCACAAUGAAAAUGGAUCACUUCCAACUAGAUAAUGAAAAACCAAUGAAGGUAAUUGGAGAUGAUGACUUGCUGGACCGUGAGCUGAUUACAGAAUUAAGAAAAGAGUAUGGCAUGACCUACAAUGAUUUCUUCAUGGUGCUGACAGAUUUGGAUAUGAGAGUAAAGCAAUAUUACGAAGUGCCUAUUGCGAUGAAGUCAGUCUUUGACAUUGUCGAUACAUUCCAAUCCAGAAUUAAAGAGAUGGAGAAGCAGAAGAGGGAUGGGAUUACAUGUAAAAGGGAAGACAAGACAAGGUCACUGGAAAGUUUUCUCUCAAGGUUCCGUUGGAGAAGACGUUUGCUGAUUAUAUCUUCUGCCAAUGAUGAAGAAUGGGCUUAUCAGCAGCAGCUGUAUGCACUGAGUGGACAAGCUUGUAAUAUGGGUUUACGACACUUGGCCAUUUUGAAAAUGGUUGGCAUUGGUGUGGAUGGCAGUGGUGUUUUAGAGCUGUACCCUAUCAACGGAAGUUCCAGUGUGGACAGGGAAGAUCUUUCGUUUAACUUAGUGAAAGACAUAAGAAACUAUUUUCAAAUCAGCCCAGAAUAUUUCUCCAUGCUCCUGGUUGGGAAAGAUGGCAAUGUCAAGUCUUGGUACCCUUCACCGAUGUGGUCCAUGGCUAUUGUGUAUGACUUAAUAGACUCUAUGCAGCUUAGAAGACAAGAAAUGGCCAUCCAACAAUCCCUGGGAAUGCGCUGCCCUGAAGAUGAGUAUGGAGGAUAUGGUUACCAUGGUUACCCUCACGAAAGAUAUGAGGAGGGAUAUCAGGAUGAUUAUCGACACCACGAGGGAUAUUACCAUAGAUAUCAUGACUAACAAAGUGAUCAUUUGCCAAAAAUACUUGCAAUAAGAUUUUGAAUAUGUAAAUGACAUUUGUCUUUCCCCCUGCUAUGAUCAGAGUAUAUUUUUCUCUGUUUUGAGUGUUUUAGGAAAACGAACUAGGCCACAACUGCCGUGUAAUAAUACCUUUCUGUUUGCCUAUGGCAAUAAUGAUAUGAUAGGUUUUCAUUUGCCUCUUUCGUUCCAUGUGAAGAUAUUUUUUUCUCAAGUAUUUAUUGGAAAAUGUAAACACGUUCAUAAACUUAUCUAAGGAGCAACUCAUACACAUGUACCCAUGUCAAACGACAGACGUGCUAUGGCCCCUGACC